CUUUCACAAAAUAAAAUAAAAAUAAACGAAAACAGAAAACAGAGAGAGAAAAUUGCUUCCGAGUUACGAGCUUGAAACAGAGAAACCACCCAUUGCUCUGUGAGAGAGAGAGAGAGAGAGAGAGAGAGAGUUGCAGAGGUGAGAGAAAAAAGGAGGGCGGCAUGAGGGUUUUAGGAAGAUUGGUAGGGCGAGCUUUUUCGUCCCAAAGAAGAAGAAUAUUCCAAACUUCUUCGACGCAAAAUAAUACCAUCUUCUUCCCCUUUUCCAUUUCUCGCCAAGGGUAUAUAUCUUCUGCUUCUUCCUCUGCUGCAACGACGUCGUACUUCUCUGACCAAUUAAUUCCCUACGGUUUUGUCUCGUUGAGAAAUUCUGCAGUUUCGCCUUUGCCUUAUGGGAAAUGGGGACCUGGAGGGCAAAAGAGAAGCAUGUUUAUACAAACCCAAUCCACUCCCAAUCCGUUAUCUCUGAUGUUCUAUCCUGGGAAGCCUGUUAUGGAAGUGGGCAGUGCAGAUUUUCCAAAUUCUCGUAGUGCGAUGAAUUCACCACUUGCGAAGGCCAUUUUUGGAAUCGAUGGUGUAACACGAGUGUUUUUCGGAUCAGAUUUUGUUACUGUAACAAAAACAGAAGAUGUUUCUUGGGAUCUCCUAAAGCCUGAAAUCUUUGCGGCAAUCAUGGACUAUUAUUCUUCUGGCCAGCCACUCUUUCUUGACUCAGAAACUGCAGCAGCCAAGGACACUGCUAUUCAUGAAGAUGAUUCUGAAAUUGUUGCCAUGAUUAAAGAAUUGUUGGAAACUCGUAUUCGACCAGCAGUGCAAGAUGAUGGUGGGGACAUUGAGUACCGGGGAUUUGAUCCAGAAACUGGCACAGUUAAAUUGAGAAUGCAAGGAGCAUGUAGUGGCUGCCCAAGCUCUGCUGUCACUCUGAAAUCUGGCAUUGAAAAUAUGCUUAUGCAUUAUGUACCUGAGGUUAAAAGCGUAGAGGAAGAGUUAGAUGCUGAAGAAGAAGAGGCCGCACUAACUGGCCAAAUGGAGUAGGUGAAUUCAUGCUGCCUUUGCAAACAUGAAUAUGAGAUAGUUGGGGUUGGAAUCCUCUUCCUUUGUACAGAAGCAAAUAAAGUUAUCCCAUCUUAUUUGUGUGUUAAUUUAAAUUGUUAUAGCUAAUUUUUUUUAUUGUUAACCAGUUAAACUACAUGCAAAGUUGUAUACACAAGAAUGACUGUGGGUUCACCGUUUUCACUAAAUUUACCUAUUUAACUAGAAAUUGGCAACUCAGAUUUUGAAAUUC